AUGGUGGGAGUCCCUGGCAGAUCCAAGGGCUGCGUCACUUGUCGACGCCGAAAGAAGGGUUGCGAUAAAAACGUUCCGUCGUGCCACCAAUGUAUACGGUCGGGCUUGCAAUGUGAAGGCUAUGGGCGGGACCUCGUCUGGGUCAACACCACGCCGGACGGAGAUGAUGGCAAGGUCAAGCCGCAUCCGCCUCAGGGAAAGGCCGCUGCUGGUCAACAGAGGCCGUGGAGUGUGAUUUACACCACCAAGACCAACAAAAACAACAGCAACAGCACUGCCGUUGCUCUUCAUGACUCGCUCGCUCGAUCCGCCAGAGAGGAACUCUUCUUCGGCAUGCUCAUCUCCAUGUCCCUUCCCUAUGGCCAUUUACUAUCUCCCAAGGCCUCUGCCAUCUCGACCAACGGGUGGGUGGCAGCAGUUGACGAGUAUUACAACAGAGAACCCGCUAUCCGAUAUGCAUCUCUGGCAAUGAGCGCGGGAUUCAUGGGGGUUCAGGAUCGGAACAACAAGGUUGCCCAGUACAGUCAACUCACUCUCCAAGGGCUCGAGGCUUACAACCGCGCUAUCCACGAAAUGGUCAAAGGGUUGAAAGAUGCGAGGCGAUCCAAAAAUGAUGGCGUCCUUGUGGCUGCGAGGAUAUUGCAAUCUUACGAGCUAUUCUUCGGAAGCGCACCUGACUGGCGUGCUCAUAUUGAAGGCCAAUUAUCCAUCUUUUUAGCCAGAGGACCAGAAUCCUUUACCACUGGACAAGCGCAUCAGCUGUAUGUGGAUGGACGAGUUCUCGUGGUCAUGUUGUGUAUUGGAAGGCGAACUCACUCACCACUCCAUUCACCUGAAUGGCGCACCGUUCCAUGGCGCACCAUCCCCAAGUCGGUCAAAGACAAGUUGAUGGACAUCAUGGAAGACAUCCCGUUCAUGCUGGUCAGCUACGACAACCUCCGCGCCUGUCAAGACCCAGAUCGCGCCGACGAGCUCCGCCAGAUUGCCAUGUUACAUUGCGAACAUAUUUCAAACAGCCUGGAUAUUUGGGAAGAGGAAAUGGGGGCCGAUCUUCACCAGUUCGAUUACAACGUUGUCGGCUCUCCUCUACCAGAGCCCAAGGACGACACGGAAUUUUCGCUCGUCUACCUCUCAAGCGUGUACUGGGGAGCUCGCCUGAUACUAUACAGCACCCUUGGGAUGAUGAACAUGGCCUACGCGGCGGCAUCUGUGAGCCCGGGCGCCGACUCUGUCCCGUCUCUCAGCACCUCCCCAGCAUCGUCUGCUCCCGUGUCGACCCCAGCCACCUCUCCAGAAGAAACAUCUAGUGCGCCAGGGCUGUGCGAGGAAGUGCCUCGGGUAAGGAUGCUUAACCCAGGAACUUUUGCUCGCAAAAUCGCGCACGCAGUUCCCCUAUUGUACGGGCCUUCUGCGGGUGCCAUGCAAGGCGCUUCGGGCCUCUUCCCCAUGGCCCUUGCGCUGCGUUUCUUUGCAACGACUGAGCCGCCUGGACAGAGGAGUUUAGAGUCCCAAAUGAUUUACAACCUGUACGCUAAGCCGUUCGUCGGCAGCUUUGUUGGACGCUUCCUCCAGGAUCUCCAGGGACCCCAGCUUUCUGAGAAAGCGAAACGCGAUAGUGAGGUCAAGGCACAACGAAAUAUCUUUUGGUAUGCGGUUUUGGGCAGUGAGAGUAUUGUGCGAAAUGGGGGUUCAUGA